UUUGCGGUCACCACGUGACUCCCCCCCCCCCCUUCACAGCCAGCAAUGGCGCCGACCAUCCAGAGUGCUCAGAGAGACGCAGAGUCCAGUAGGUCGAGUUCACACAGAGGAGCUCCAGAGAGGUCCGGGUUGGUAUGCCGAGUCAAAUACUGCAACACCCUUCCCGACAUCCCUUUUGACCCCAAGUUCAUCACCUACCCAUUCGAGGCGAACAGGUUCGUGCAGUACAAGGCGACGUCGCUGGAGAAGCAGCACAAGCAUGAGCUGCUCACAGAGCCUGACCUGGGGGUCACCAUCGACCUAAUCAACCCUGACACCUACAAGAUCGAUCCCAAUGCGUACCUGGACCCAGCUGAUGAGAAGCUUCUGGAGGAAGAGAUCGCAACACCACAGGGAUCGCGGAGGUCCCAGCAGCAUGCGAAGGUGGUGCCGUGGAUGAGGAAGACGGAAUACAUCUCCACCGAGUUCAACCGUUACGGCAUCAGCAACGAGAAGCCUGAGAUCAAAAUCGGCGUGUCCGUCAAGCAGCAGUUCACAGAGGACGACAUAUACAAGGAUCGCGACAGCCAGAUCUCCGCCAUCGAGAAGACCUUCGAAGACGCCAAGAAAGAGAUCGAGGCGCAUUACAGCAAGCCGCGGGUUGUCCCUGUGGAGGUCAUGCCAGUCUUCCCGGAUUUCAAGAUGUGGAUCAACCCGUGCGCUCAGGUGAUCUUCGACUCGGACCCGGCACCCAAGGACAUGCCCGGGACGACGGCUGUGGAAACGAUGUCGCAGGCCAUGAUCAGGGGCAUGAUGGACGAGGAGGGAAACCAGUUUGUGGCAUAUUUCCUGCCGUCGGAAGACACGAUGCGCAAACGCAAGCGCGACUUGGAGGAGGAGCUGGACUUCAUGGCCGAAGACGAUUACGAGUACCGAAUGGCGCGCGAGUACAACUGGAACGUGAAGAACAAGGCGAGCAAGGGCUACGAGGAGAACUACUUCUUCAUCUUCCGGGAGGGCGACGGCGUCUACUACAACGAGCUCGAGACCAGAGUGCGGCUGAGCAAGCGGAGGGCGAAGGCCGGGCAGAGCGCGCAGACGAGCGCCAACACGGUGCUCGGCGUGAGGCACCGGCACAUGAACGAGAAGGAGCUCGAGGCACAGGAGGCACGCAAAGCGCAGCUGGAGAACCACGAGCCGGAGGAGGACGAGGAGGAAAUCGAGCCCGACAAGGAGAAUCGCGAAUCAGGCGCGGAGGAUCGCGCUAGCGGCGACGAGAAAUCUGACAGCGACCGCGAGGAUGACGUGGAGGAGGGGGCCGCAGCGGGCAGGGGGACGCCCCCCGCGGGGGGCAGGAAGGGCAAGGAGGAGGAAGGGGAGCGGGCGAGGAGCAGCAGCAGCAGCAGCAGCAGCGGCGAGAGCGGAGACGACCGGCAAGCGAGGGAGGCACGAGACGAGGAGGAGAUCUUUGGCAGCGGCAUCGACGACAGCGACAGCGACGAAGGGGGCGAGAGCGGACAAGGGAGCGACAGCGACGGAGGAGCCGGCGGAGACACUCGGAGGAGCGGCGGCGGCGGCGGCGGAGCGAACAACAGCGGCGGCGGGAGCAGCAGCAGCAGCGGUAGUAGCAGCAGCAGCAGCGAGGCGGGAUCGGACGCCAGCGAAGCAAGCGGCGACGACGACAACUAAGGGCAGCUCCACACUGCUCGUCGUCGUCCUCAUCCGCAGGUUGACGGCGAGAGUCCGCCGGCGUGCUGAGCCGCAGUCGCACCGCCUGCACGCCUCGCCCGACAGCGCAGUGUUCCGUCAGCCCGGACGUUACCACCUGGGGUGGCGCAACUUUCGUGGUUCCGCUUUCAUUCUGCGUGGAAACGGUAACGGUGAAUUGUGCGCGAUGACCACUGGAAAUGAGUGGGCGUUAGAGUAAUAAAUGGGUACCGCUAGCGUUUUGUUAACUUGGUGUUGGUACCGAUUCCUGCUCUGGCUCGGUGGACUUAUGUUUAUUUUGUCUAUCGAGCGUAGCUGCGACGCCCAACGCAGCCUAUGUUAGAACACGCUAAGAUCACGGCGGCACGUGCGUUCUGUCUACAGCGUGUGUCACAAUGGGGGGAGGGGGAGCGCCCAUCACAAUCCUUGCAGGGUGGUUUCUAGUUCACCAUUUUUAAAAUCUAUUGAGGGUAGCUCUGGCUAAAGGUCACUAGCAGAACGAAAACCGGUUGGGAAGGGUUGUUCCGAAAGAAAACGAACUGGAUUAAAAUUCACUUGCAGCCCCCUUCGUUCGAUCUGCUUCUGGAUGGAGGGGGCCCCCCCUCUCGAUGCCAUGCGAGUCGGUGUCGUUUCACCAUACUUCACCUCGUUGCGCUUUGGCAAAGGACGUUCCGUGGCCAAUCCAUCGAUCUUGAUUGCAGCUAUUAGGAACAGAUCUGUUAACAAAAAACUAUUUAAUCACCACACAGGUGGUGGUGGCCAUUAACCAGAAACCACUGCGAUUUGGGAAAAUAAAAACUCUAACCUAUUGUAAAUGAAAACGGAGGCCGUUUAGAUUCGAAAGAGUUUAGCUACGUCUCCCGUCUUGACGUUAACGUCAUGGUGGUCAUCGUUGGUUCAACUUCAAAAGUCUAGGGCCAGACCCCCGCACGUGUUGAUAGAUAGAUUAAAUGUGCACCGCAUCGGCCAUGAUCGAUCCACUGCUGGAUUAAGGUUCCCCCCUCCCCAAGAAACAAAAUAAGUUAUAAUUUCAGGAGAUUGCAUCCAACCCUCAUGGUCAGAUGCCAAUUAAGUUGCCACCAUACUUUCACAGGUCUUUAAAGCAGUGAAUUACGGAAAAACCAAAACGUCUUUCCCCAUUUUCAGCAGAAAUACAGGGAGGUGUUAAGAUGUUCAACCCACCAAGGGAGACCUGUCAAGGCACCAAGUGCAUUUGGUAAACUGUGCAAAGAAAUAUGCGUUGAUAAUGCACAGUCCUUGAAACAGAUAUGGCCUGGACCAGUGUCUGUUUUAGGACCUGGUCCAAGUACUACCGACCAAAGGACACCAAGAGACAAACAGUACAAGGACAAAGCAAGAGAUGUGUAAAAAAAUAGAUUACCUUACGCAAAGUCAACGACUUAGUUGGGGAGCGAUUGCUAGGACUUUUUUUUUAUGUAGAGUUGGCCAUUCAAGUUUCUCGUGUAUACCAAGCCUGUCUAUAUUUUUAACUUGUGCCGAGUUUAAUAAAAUUGUUUUAAGACGUG